AUGACAACCGGCGAAACAGACCUCAACCGUCUCCUGGCAAGCAUGGAGCCCACUCUGGACCCAACGGUCUACGUCUUCAUCACCACCAAGCAACCUCUCACAUCCCUACCCCUGGACAGACUCCAGCCGCAAUUCAUCGCCCAGGAAGAAGAGGGCCUCACCAUCGUGACGGCAGAGCCAUUGGCAAAAUCGCACGGCUUCGAAGAAGUCACCUUCCCCUGCAAGAAGAUCUCGCUGAGGAUCCAUUCCAGCCUUGAGGCCGUCGGGCUGAUCGCUGCCAUUACGAAUCACCUCAAGAGUUUCAAAAUCAGUACGAAUGUUGUGAGUGGGUACUUCCAUGAUCAUAUUUAUGUCCCUGCAGACCGAGCUGAGGAUGCCAUGUCUGCUUUGCGGGACUUUUCGAAAUGA